AUGGAAAGAGAAUAUUAUAUUUUAGUUGGAUAUGAUUUGAUCAUUUAUGAGUACUCUUUAACACAACCUAUUAAUUUGGAUGAUCUAAAGUAUGUUAGAAAAUAUAGUAAUAGAAAAGAUAUAUUUGAUGAUUCCAAUGACAUUGAAGAUAUCAAAAUGAUAUUUAGAUAA